CAGCAGUAGCGCGGCGGUGCUGCGGAGUCUGCCAUUUUGAUCACAUGAACCUCGGUGUGGCACAAACUGGCUCCCCGGGAGACGUCGUUGUACCGUGAAUAAGGGUUAUAUUCUCCAAUAAGAAAACAUGCUUUCCGCCGCCCAGUUACUCGAUGAGUUGAUGGGCCGGGACAGAAACUUGGCCCCCGACGAGAAGCGGUCCAACGUGAAGUGGGACGACGAGAGCGUAUGCCGAUACUAUUUGUGUGGCUUCUGUCCAGCUGAACUCUUCACAAAUACACGUUCGGACUUGGGUCCUUGUGAGAAGAUCCAUGAUGAAAAUCUUAGAAAAUUGUAUGAGAAAAGCUCUCGUUUUAUGAAAGAGGGCUAUGAGCGAGACUUCCUGCGAUAUCUACAGUCCCUCCUAGCAGAAGUGGAACGACGGAUUCGAAGAGGUCAUGCCCGGCUUGCACUUUCCCAGGCUCAGCAGAAUUCAGGGACACCUGGUCCAACAGGAAAAAAUGAAGAAAAGAUCACAGUUCUAACAGAGAAGAUCGAAGACCUGGUUUUACAGAUUGAGGAACUGGGCUCAGAGGGCCGAGUGGAGGAGGCUCAGGGAAUGAUGAAGCUGGUGGAGCAACUAAAGGAGGAGCGGGAGCUGCUCAACUCCACCCCCUCGACCAUCGAGAGCUUUGCAGCUCAAGAGAAACAGAUGGAGGUGUGUGAGGUGUGUGGAGCCUUCCUCAUCGUAGGUGAUGCACAGUCCCGGGUGGAUGACCACCUGAUGGGCAAGCAGCAUAUGGGUUAUGCCAAGAUCAAGUCCACUGUAGAGGAGCUUAAGGAAAAACUGCAUCGUCGGUCUGAGGACCCUCAAGCUGAAAACCCUGUGGUCAAACGAGACAGAGAAGAGCGUGAGCGCGAGAGGGAGGAGAGGGAGAAAAAGCGCAAAGAGGAGGAAGAGAAGGAGAAGGAGCGAGAGAAGGAACGAGAGAAGGAGCGAGAGCGGGAGCGCGAGAAGGAGAGAGACAGAGAACGGGAGAGAGACAGAGACCGCGACAGGGACAGGGACAGGAGGGCUCGCCGAAGCCAUUCCAACAGCCGUCACUCCAGCCGAACGUCCGACAGGAAACGGAGCAGAUCUCGUGAUCGUCGGAGGUCCAGGAGCAGAGACCGGGACAGAGAACGGGAACGCAAGCGCAGCAGGAGCCGUGACAGGGAGAGGAGGCGCAGUCGUGAACGCUCCGACAGAAAACGCCGCUCCCGCAGUCGGGAAAAGAGGAGGUCCCGCAGCUCAGAGCGCAAGUCUCAUCGCCACCGCAGUCGAAGCCGCAGCAAGGACAGAGACAGAGGAAAAGAUAAAAACAAAGAGCGGUCAUCAAAAGACACAGACCGUAAGGUGACGGAGGAGAAGAGCAGCUCUAAGAAAGAAAAGCAUGCUGACAGUGAUGCAGCAGCUGUCAAGGCUUCAUCAGAAGCGGAACCGAUGCAGACCGAGGCAACUGCCUCCUCCCCUCUGCUUAACGGCCAGCAAGAGCUCCUCCAUUCUGAAGGUGACACUCAGUCCAAUUAAAACUGAUCUGAUAGGACCUCAGAUCAGGCUCAGGUAAGUGCGUCUUCCUCUUCACUCCUUCCCGGUUCUCAACCCACCCUCACACGCUCCCCCUCCCACCCUCCUCUCACACCCUGUUUAUGUUCAGUUCAAUGCCUAUGAUUUUUGUGUUAUGUACUCUAUGCAAAUAUCUUUAUCCUGUUUUUGACUAGUGCAUCGUAAGUAUGCACUGAAGAUGAAGGACUAGGCCCGAUGAAUGAGAAGAAGGUAGAAAACAUUCACACAAAGCCAAGAGGGAAAGGCCAGUGUAGCCCUGAGCAAACAUGCCCGGAGGUACCCCUCGUUUUAUAUCGGUUUUUGAUCCUUAUAGUCUUUAUACAUCUUUGUGGACAAGAUGGCAGAAAUAACAGUAAAUUAUAAAGUGGAAAAAAAUUCCUGCCUGUAUUUACCUGUUUUUAUUUGAUUAAUUUUCUUAUAUUGAAAUAGGAAAAUGUAAUAAUUGCUGUUUCCUUUUUUCUUUUUUACACAUAUCACAUUCCCUUUAGAGAGGAAAUUCAGUCACUGUGUCUACCUGUUUACAUGUAUCUUGGGAAUUUCUCCUACUCAAGUCUGAACACACGGACACAUUUGGCUUUCGUCUGAAGGUGUAUCUGACAAACAAGCCUUUUAUUUUGCCGUGAUCUUAACUCAAUUGCCAUGGAUUUGUUGUCCAAGCUUACUGUGCCUGAUAAUGCCAUGCACUCUGUGUUUGGGGGGAUGUUAUAGCACCGGGGGCCUAAUGACACUAACUAACUGGAGGGUAGGGUUUAUCGAAUGAAUUGCAGCUGACUUCCAUACCUCACACAGCGUUGGUGUUGUGAGCGAGACCACAUGAGAAAAAGGGCAAAUUAAAAAUCAUGGAUACUCUCUGACUCUCAAACUGUGCAGGUACUCACCCCAGGUACUCCUUUCUCUACCCACAUCCAUUUCUGAAUGCUGUUGCCUGUCAGAAAAAAGCAAAUGCACUGCUCUAGAAUAUGAAUUCAAAAGCUUGACUGUGUAUAUUUUAAUGUUUUUUUUUCUUUGCAUCUGUAUUGAAUAUGUGGGGGGGUCAUUUGAUUGAAUCAUCAGAGACAGAGACAGCCUACUUGAUAUUCUUGUUUUAAUAACUGAAAUUCUUAUUGUCAUGUAAUUGUGUAUUUUAAAUUCAUUUAUGCAGCCGGAAGAGUGUCAGAGUCAAUUAUGCUAGAAAACAAUGUCACACAUUCAUUCAGGCAAAGGAGAUGUUAAGUACUUUUGGCACUCAGUUUAGAAUUAAGGAGUACAGCUUUGAUCAGAUCUCUGGUUUUCAUUAAUUUUAAUGAAGUUAAAGUUUUUUUUUUAACAUACAAGGAUGCUAAUGCCAAAAGCAUUCAGGACUUAAAACAUCUAAUCUGAAAGUAUUUAAGACAGUUUUAGAUUACAUGCAGUGUCCCUCCACGAGUUUACACUGUAACUAAAUCGAGGUUAGGUUUGAAUAACGGUUCUCAGUGAGCAGCAGUGGUUGCUUCAAUCACACGGUGUGGCACCUUUGCUAACAUUGUGUUUUGUGGCCAUUUUUCUUAACAGGGGGGAAGCUGAGAUAAUUGGUGGAGGAAGAAGUGGAAGAGCACGGCCAUCCUUACCCUGAACCUGACACCUCGCUGCUUAAAAAACAAGGUGAACCACAGAAGUGUAGUGGCUUAUUUAAAAAGUGAUAAUAAAGUACACAUGUACAGUAAUUCAGGAGAGGGGAACAAUAAGAUGUUUUUUUUGUUGUUUUUUUUUUCUUGUUUCAUUGCCUGUCAUUGUUUUUGGCUGGAUGACGGUAGUUGUGGUUCAUCUGAUAUUAAUCUGAUUUAUUGAUCUAGAUGGCAGCCAGGCAUCACUUCAGAACCAAACUUAGCAAAGUUCAUGUUUUAUUCAUUUUAUUUUUCCCUAAUACUAUGAAAAUCUUUACACAUCCUCAUGUUUCUUGGCAUUUAGUACAAAUGAAAUAAUAAAAAAAAAAAUCAGUACUUGUGGUUUGUAUUGGUUUGUCAGGUUCUAUUUCUCUUCCUGACCUCCUUUUUUUAAAAAGUCACUUGAAGCGUAUGUACAAUGUAAGAUCCUUGAAAGGCAGUGUCUCUUUUCUCCUCCACCCAGAGCUCACGCUGACUGCUCUUGUCCCAUAACUGUAAAAUAUUCUGAUUUGAUUUUCAACAAAUGCUUUGUUUAAUUUUGCCUUCGUUCAUGUUGUCAUGUUGAAUAAAAAGUAAAAUCUCA